AUGGUUGACUUUACAGUUUUCAAAGGGUCGAAGGGAGGCAAGAUCAUCAAAUCCCAGACCAAGAGGGAACUCGGCCACGAUGAGGUCCUCAUCAAAGUCACACAUUCAGGCGUCUGCGGAACCGACGAGCAUUUCAAGGAAGCAGAUAUGGUUCUCGGCCACGAAGGCGCUGGUAUCAUCGAAGAAGUCGGCUCCUCCGUAAAAGCCUACAGCAAAGGCGAUUCCGUCGGCUGGGGUUACCAGCAAACCGCCUGCGGCCACUGCAAACAAUGCAUCACGGGCCGCGAAACCCUCUGUCCCGAGCGCACAAUGUACGGCACCGCCAACUUCGACACGGGCUCCUUCGCACACUACUCUAUCUGGAAAGCAGCCUUCAUCUUCGCCAUCCCCGCCUCCAUCCCCCGCGAAUUCGCAGCGCCGCUCAUGUGCGGCGGCGCCACCGUCUUCAACGCACUGCACUCGUUCGGCGCUAGAUCCACGGACCGUAUCGGCGUCAUCGGCGUCGGCGGAUUAGGGCAUCUGGCGAUCCAGUUUGCGGCUAAGAUGGGCAAUGAGGUCGUUGUGUUUAGUACCACGGAUAGCAAGAAAGCUGAGGCGCUCAAGCUGGGCGCUACGGAAUUCGUCGCUACGAAAGGCGUGCAAGAGUUAAAAGUGUCCGGGAAGAUCGACCACCUGCUCGUCACGACCUCGCAACAACCAGACUGGAAGCAAAUCCUACCCAUCAUGGCGCCGGGGGGCACCAUCUACCCGCUCAGCGUAUCGAGCGAGGACCUCAAGAUGCCGUAUAUGCCCAUCAUCGCGUCGGAGCUGACUGUGCAGGGGAGUCUGGUGGCAGCGCGGCAGGUGCAGCGGGAUAUGUUGGCGUUUGCGGCACUGCAUCAGAUCAGGCCUAUUAUUGAGACGUUUCCGUUGACGGCGGAGGGCAUUGAAGAGAGUAUGAAGAAGUUGGAGGAGGGGAAGAUGAGGUAUAGGGCUGUGCUUGUUGCGGAGUAG